GAAAAAAAUGAAAAUUGAUUUCUGAAGGCGGGAAUCGGGACGACAGUUUCUUCUGCGUUUUGGCGGAGGCGGCGGUAGCAUCGUCACUCUGUUCUUUCUGCGUCCUCGCUUCUCCCUCUCCCUCUCCCUCUCCCUCUCCCUCUCCCCAGAAGCUGUUCAAAUUACCAAAACCCGGAUACGCGAAUCCAGGCUAUGGUUCUUCUCCACCACCAUCACCAAGUCUCUUCCCGCAAGAGGCCCUCUUCCGCCUCCAUCCCUUCAUCUUCCCCGCCUAAAAUCCCCAGACGCCCCACCAACUCCACCGCCAGCAUCUCCAAUGCCACUGCCACUGCCACUGCAACUGCAGCCGAGGCCUCUUCUGGAGACAUCCAGGGCCAUACCAGCGGCGUACAACCAGAAGCCGUAAUAAUGGAGAAGAUGGUGUCAGUGCUUGCAGACGCUGGGUGCACACUAAUCAACCCGGCCGGCCCGCCCUGCCUUCCCUCUGAUCCUCAUAAGUUCCGCGGUCGCCUUCAUCGCCUCUUCUCCUCCUCCGUUAAUGCGCCUCUCCGCUCCCAAUUCCUCUCUGCCUUUUCGUUUUACAUUCAGUCCCCCCACAAUUUCCGCAGGGUUUUAGUCUCGUGUAACCGGGGUGGAUCUAGUUAUGGCUCUUCUUUUUGUGACAGCCUAAUGCGGCAUCUCUUACUGGUUCCUUCAAUUCAGCUAGAUCUUCAGAUCAUGCUUCUAGAGAAGCUUCCAGAAUAUUUUGAUGUAGUUCCGGAAUGUGACAAAACAGCGGCAAUACUUGAAAAUGAUAUUUCUAGGCUAAUCCUCAGCCAAUUCCGGUGGCUCGAUUUCCUUGUUGAUUCCAAUUCAUUUACUGAGAAAUUGUUGCAAGUGCUUUCAAUUUGCCCGCUCAAUUUAAAGAAAGAGAUUAUUGGAUCACUGCCAGAGAUUAUUGGGGAUAAGAAUGACAGGGCCGUGGUUGAUUACCUUGAGAAGAUCCUUCGUGAGGAUUCAAAUGUCAUUGUGCCUGUGCUUGAUUCUUUGUCCAAUUUAAAUUUGGAUGAUCAGUUGCAGGAGCAGGUAAUCACCAUUGCAUUAUCAUGCAUUGGAAUAAUUGAUGAAGACCAAAUGCCAUAUCUACUCAGAUUCUUACUGCUUUCUGCAACACCAGUAAAUGCUCGAAGAAUAAUCUCAAGGAUUCGUGAACAAGUAAAAUUUGUCAGUGUCUCGAGUUCUGAUGCAAUGCACCAAAAUAAACUUAAAGGGAAGUCGCCUCUAGACAAUUCAGAGGCUUCAAUUCUUGAUUCCUUGAGAUCUGGUCUUCAAUUUAAGAAUAAACUCUGUGAGGAGAUCUUGAAAGAACUAAAAAGCCUUGAGAAACCCCAGGAUCACAAAGUCAUUGACAUAUGGCUGCUUAUGCUCAUAUACAUGAAUGGUAAAUCCCUGCAAAAAAAUGUAGAAAAGAUACUCAAAAAAAAAAUCAUUGAAGGCUUUAUUCAAGAAGGUCUCUUUGAUCAGUGCAUCCGGGGAAGUAAGGCAUUGGUACAGGAUUAUUUUCCCUUGUUUCUGUCCUUGUCCGAGUACUUAUUGGCAUGCAAAGAAACAAAAGCAAGGGAGUUUGGUAUUCACAUGUACACCUGUCUAUUUGAAGGAUUUGUCGAUACUUACUCCAGACAGGAAGUUCUAGGUGCAUUAGUUGCUCAUGUGGGUUCUGGCAUUAGUUUUGAAGUGGGUUCUGCUUUGGACACCAUGAUUCUGCUGGCCUCCAAACUUUCACAGGAAAUGGUUCCACUCUCUUCUCACAUAAAUGGCAUCUUGGAUUACUUGGAGGGAUUUAGUAUUGAAAAUCUGCACAAGGUCUAUGAUGUUUUCGGCCAUCUGGCACUGUGGGCUAAAUCUACUGCAGAUUCUUUUGGGUCUUCCUUUGCAAAUGAGCUUUUUAUGAUUGUGAGGAAGCAGAUCAGUAAUCCAGAUAUGAAAUACAAGAAGAUGGGCCUAAUUGGAACUUUGAAGAUAGUUUCAUGUCUUGAGGAUGCAGGCAAUGUUGCAUGUCCAUCUUCAUUUCAGAAAUUGAACAGCGAUGAAGCUUUGGAACUUUUGAAAAUGGUGCUGGAAUCGUGCAAACAGUUGCCCCUCCUAUUGAUCCUGUUUUAUGAUGAGCUGGUCACUGUGUUGGAGUCUAGAACUUUGCAAUCGAGAAUAAUAGAAUGGAUUGGCAAACAUGUCGGAGAGUUCGAAUCAAUGUUUUUGACUGAACUUGAAUGUGGACAAUUGCCUAUUCAGGAGUCUUAUUUUGAUUUAGAAGGUGAACUGUGGAUGAAUUUGGAUGGUGAUAUAUCUCCAAUAUGUCUGAACAUCUUGCCCCUAGCUUCUUCUUCAUUGCAGUCUGCUUUGUCUUUAAAAACUCUUCCUGCUAACUUUCAUUUACUAUCUGUCAUUGAAAGAUUGGCAAAUCAGGGGUCUCUUGAAGGAAUAGAUGCACUGCUUGGUUGUCCUUUACACCUUCCUUCUUCUAAGUACUUUUCUGGGCCUGCCUGGCGAUCUCUGAAUGGGAAGCAGAAACAGAUCGUGUGUCUCUCUGUUUAUUAUGCAGCUAACUGGAUACGGGAGUUGCUUAAUGCAUUCUGUACGCAAGUUGUAAAAUCUCAACCUACAAGUCAGGCUUCAAAAGAUGAAGUCAUUGUCAAGCUAUUGAAGCGCUUGAGGAACCUUGUAUUUCUUGAAUGCUUACUAAGCAGAGUCCUUAAACAAUGCCCUCUAUCUUUACCUGAGCUGCAUCUUCAUGUUGAGCAUUCUGAAUCUUCUUUUCCAAACCAGCUGUACUGUUUUGGGCCCAUAGAAAAGGGAAAUGAUCACAAGAAAACCCUUGAAAGAACCUCUUUAAACAAAAAAAGGAAGCAUAUUAAGAACUCAAAAGCAUCAGUUAAUUCAGGCCUGAAUGUAAAAUUCAGGCAGCCUACAAUUUUACAUCUGUUAAGGAAAGCAGGAACUACUGUGAGUCAAGACAUACCAAAUGGGGACUCUGCUGUUCUUUCUUCUAACAAGAUGACAUCUGAAUCAUCAGUUUCUCAUACCUGUGACACUCGUGAGGCAGUGACUAUAGACGCUUCUAUUGAGAAGAUUGUGGACGCACAGAGAUUCAAAUUCAGGCCUAUGUUGGUUUACUGUUUGACUAUCUUAACAUUUUCAAAGAAAGAAGACUUGUGCUGCCUGGAUCCAGCAGCAGAGUUACCUCUGCAUUUGUACCUUUUGCGUGAUCUUCACCAUAAGCUGGAGUUCUUUGCUCCAUGCAAACAAUUUCCAGCUAGAUGCUUGAGUGCUCCUUCAGGUCUCAGAAAAAUGACAGUGAAUGAAUUCUUGGACAAAAUUAGGCUGCUGUUUCCUAGCCUUGCAAAGCAUCUUAAUUCUGCAGUUCAUAUUCUUAAAGAAGGUCCUGAAGCUUGCCAAGAACAUUGGGUAGUUCAGUCUGCUUCUUCUGGGAACCCAAAUAUACCUGAAAUAGUGGUUUCAAAAUCUUUAGUUGCUAGUUCAGUCUGUAAAGAGAUACUUUGGUGUUUCAGUAAGAUGCUAAAUAUUCCUGAUUUUCUGAUGAACAAGACAGUCCUCUUGGGACUGCUUGAAGCCUUCCAGCCCACCAUGGUAUGGGAUUCUAUUUUUUCAGGCGUACAACCAAUCCCUACUCCUGGUAGUAUUGGUUAUUUAUAUUGUGGUGCUUAUUCUUUCUUCGAGGGAAUCUUGGACUUAGCAAGUUCUUUCUCGUUCACGCUGGCUUCAGAAUUACUACUUACUCUAGAAUCACUUGUAACCUCUGGUCAGAAAUUCCUUGAGAAGUCACCAGAGGUAACUCUAAAAAAUAUGCACACAGGAUUCACCCCGGAAGUCCUUCUCAUGCUGCGUAACAGACUCGGAACUUCUGCUCAUAAACUAUUGAGGCAUAACUGCAAUAAUGAUACUUUCAAGGAUGGGUUGAAGAGCAGAGUUGAAGUGCAGAAGAUACUGCACAUUUACUUAAAAUAUAGUGAAUCCACUUCUGAUUUGUUGGGUGAGCUCGCAUGCUCUAUUUUGCCUCAGGUACCUUCAUGCAAAGCCGGCGAAGAUGAGUAUCAUGGUUUCCCUAGUCUUUGUUCUGCAACUUUCAUCAUAUGGUAUCGGAUAUUGCAUGAAGAGAACCUUGCUAUGCUAAACAAAUUGGUCAAAGAAAUUGUCCUAAAUAAGUUCAGAGUGGACGUUGAUCAAACUUCAGAGAGGUUUUUGAUCAAAUUGCAACAGUGUGUGAAUGUGGUUGUCGCAUUGGUCAACAUGUGCAAGGCUCAUGACAAGGUAGCUGUGCAUGCAAUGGCUGUAAAGUAUGGUGGGAAGUUUGUUGAUUCCUUCCUGAAAGUGUUUGACUUCCUCCAGACCCACUUCCAAAGGCAUCAUAAGCUUGUAAUUCAGCUGGUGAAAGAACUUCAGAAGGCAACAAGGACGGUACAGUCCCUAUGUUCUGAAGCCAAGGGCCUUAGAAAAACAGUUAUCACAAGGAAAAUUCCUGCUACAAAGAGAUCUCUGGAACGGUUUUUGUUCGGUGUAAAGACUCUCCUCCAUACCACAUCAAGUGGAUGCACCUUUUGGAUGGGCAAUCUGAAGCACAAAGACUUGAUGGGUCAGGUGGUAAGCUCCCAGGCAUACGGAGAUGACCAAAAUGAGAAUAUUGAUGAUGAUCCUGAAGAAGCCGCUGUUGAGGAUCAACCCAUAAGAGUUGCAAGUGAAGAGGAAAGAUAAACAUGGGGAAAUGUACCAAGCACAGAGUCUGUUCUUAUUCCAAGUUAAUAUGAUGUGUUAAUAGAACAGUUAUCAUGCUGUGUGAAUGCAGUUCCAUAGUAUGUGCUUUGAGCCGUAUCAUGAGGAUUGCAGCCAUUGCUCUUGGUUGCUUUUUCGGCCAUUAACAGUCUGAAUAUUUGCAGAAGGAACAAAGAACAGAAGUCCUGUAAUCCAUAUGCUUUGCAUCUUUUGGCUGCAGACAGCAUUGAAUACAUACAAUGGUGCAGAAACUGUUUAAAAUUGUUAUCAUUGGGAAGAGCAGGGAUAACUGAGCCAUUGAUAUAUGAUUUCUCCUGCUGAGAAAAUUAGCCUGGUCAAUAGCCCGCUGUACUGAGACUCUGGCACAUUCUCUGCCUCCAACUCUCAAGUUGCUUUUGUGGGGAAGGCUAGGUUAGUGAGUACUUAGUAAUGCUGCUCUGGCCUCUUUUAGAAGAUGCUGCACCCAUUGGGUCCUGGAGAUUGUAUUGUUUUCCAAUGUAAAUAUAAAAGAGGGAUUUUUAGAUCUUCCAGCAUUGAAAUUGUGCAUAUAGUACCGCACUGCUAGCAUUAAUCUUAAGGUUGUAUGUCCAUUCUUGGAAUUUUCACAGGAUAAGGGUGGUAUCCAAAUGAUUUUCUGGACUUCAGUUGAAUUCAUUGACAAGUUACAAUUAAGGUCCUGUGUAUUGGUUAUGACUUUUCAGCUCAACUUUAAGUUGUUCAAACU